CUAUGGCCCUUAAUGAUUGAGCUUAACAACAUGACCGCCACACAUGACCGCCACAAGCACUCGCGAUCACUGGCUAUAUAGUCGAAGCCGAGGAAUAACGCUUCCUCUUCUAGUUCUUCGUAGCAGUUUUCGGAGCUUCACUACGAUACGCCUUCCCCUACUAUUAUCACACCAACAUCCUCAAUCACUAAAAUCACUAGCUCACCCUCUCCGAAUCGCGCCACACCAUCCUCCUCUUACAAGAACACGCCCGCUGUCUUGCCCACCUCUCUACCAACCACCUGCCCGCACACCCACCUGAACUACCACCUCUCUCGCUCUCUUCGCCUCCUCACCACCGACCCCUUCACCGCCUUCGCCGCCUUAGAUAACAGCUUCAUCUACGGCCUCAUCUCCGCUUUUAACGAAUCCUUACCUUUCAUCUACAACCGCUCCUUCGACUUCAGGCCCAGCUCACCAGCCUCACCUUCUUCGUCCUCAUCCUCAGCUCGCUGCUAAGAACCCCCGAU